CUCUCUGGGAGAGCUCGCCCGUCGCCGCCUAAGUAGCCCACCCUGACUGACCAUAUCGAUCGUAGCCUCAGAACAAAACAUUUACAAGGAAAAGGCAAGCUCGAGAUCACUGAGUAGCCGAUUUUUCCCUUCGCUCUGAGCCAACAUGUCUUCAUUCAGUCCCACCCAGAUCUUUGAGGAGGGCACCACCGAGGAGAAGGGUGAGAAUGCCCGUCUCUCCGCCUUCGUCGGUGCCAUUGCCGUCGGCGACCUUGUCAAGAGCACACUGGGCCCCAAAGGCAUGGACAAGAUCCUGCAAUCCGCUUCGACCGCCGAGAUCAUGGUUACCAAUGACGGUGCCACCAUUCUCAAGGCCAUUUCCCUCGAUAACGCCGCCGCCAAGGUGCUCGUCAACAUCUCAAAGGUUCAGGACGAUGAGGUCGGAGAUGGCACAACAUCAGUGGCAGUCCUGGCCGCCGAGCUUCUCCGAGAGGCAGAAAAGCUUGUCGACAAGAAGAUCCACCCCCAGACCAUCAUCGAGGGCUAUCGGAUAGCCAGUCAAGCUGCACUUCAGGCGCUCGAGCAGUCCGCCGUCGAUCACAGCAAGAACCCCGAGGCUUUCAAGAAGGACCUUUUGGCCAUUGCCAGGACGACCCUGAGUUCCAAGGUGCUGGCGCAAGAUCGCGACCUGUUUGCCAAGCUCGCUGUCGAUGCCGUGUUGCGCUUGAAGGGAUCAUCCGACCUCAGCCAUAUCCAAAUCAUCAAGAAGGCUGGUGGUAAGCUGAGCGAUUCUUACUUGGACGAGGGUUUCAUCUUGGACAAGAAGAUCGGUGUCAACCAGCCCAAGCGUUUGGAGAAGGCCAAGAUCUUGGUUGCCAACACAUCCAUGGACACCGAUAAGGUCAAGAUUUUCGGCGCCCGUGUCAAGGUCAGCUCGACUAGCAAACUUGCCGAACUCGAGAAGGCGGAGAAGGAGAAGAUGAAGGCGAAGGUAGAAAAGAUCAAGGCCCACGGUAUCAACUGCUUCAUCAACAGACAGCUCAUCUACAACUGGCCCGAGCAACUCUUCACCGAUGCCGGCAUCAUGUCUAUCGAGCACGCCGACUUUGAUGGCAUCGAGCGCUUGGCAUUGGUGACAGGCGGUGAGAUCACAUCUACAUUCGACCACCCCGAACAGGUCAAGUUGGGACACUGUGAUGUUAUCGAAGAGGUCAUCAUUGGUGAGGAUACCCUCAUCAAGUUCUCUGGUGUUGCUGCAGGCCAAGCGUGCACUAUUGUCCUGCGUGGAGCAACUGAUCAACUUCUUGAUGAGGCCGACCGAUCUUUACACGAUGCUCUUGCCGUUCUUUCACAAACCGUCAAGGAGCCAAAAACUACUCUGGGUGGCGGUUGCGCUGAAAUGUUGAUGGCCAAGGCCGUAGAGGGCGCUGCUACACGCGUUGAGGGCAAGAAGCAGAUGGCCGUGUCCUCUUUCGCGGUCGCCCUGCGACAGCUUCCAACUAUCCUUGCCGACAACGCCGGUUUGGAUUCUAGUGAUCUCGUUGCUAGAUUACGGAAGGCUAUCUAUGACGGUAUGUCUACAUAUGGCUUGGAUCUGAUGACACCGGGCGGUGGUAUUGCAGACAUGCGGGACUUGGGUGUCAUCGAGGCUCAUAAGCUCAAGAAGGCUGUCGUGUCAUCGGCAAGCGAAGCUGCUGAGUUGUUGUUAAGAGUAGACGACAUCAUUCGCGCCGCACCGAGAAGACGCGAGAGGCAUUAAAUGAAUCAUGGUAUGAGGCAAUGAAAAGCAGGCAGCUAAUCAAUUGGGUGUAUUAUAUCAUAGACUUGCUAUACCCAGUUAAUGAGAAUGAAGAACAAAAUAGAGCGGAUU